CUUAAUUCUAGGAAAAUGGUGGAAAAGCUGCCGGUGGGAAUGCUCUAAACCCUACACCCUCAGAACCGCGUAGCCAUCACGCGAUUCCAGUACCAAUCUUUGUCGGUGAAUAAAACCCGUGCUGAUCACACUACUUCACUCUUCAGAGCGCCUUCCACUUCCUCAAGCCUCUACGUAAAGCCGGAAAAACCUCCACUGAUUUUGGCGCUUAUGCAGCUUAUGCUUAAAAAAAGAAGGUUGAGAACACAGUAGCAAAAGAAGAAGAAGAUAUGGCUUACAGUGGCACAGCCAUGGGUGCGCCACUGACGGGCGGUUCGGCAUCGGUGUCGACGGUCAGGCAGGUAAAAUUGGACAAAGAGAUGGAGCUGAGGGUGGAAGUCCCUAACGACACGCCUCUCCGCCUCCGCCUCCUCAGCGGCACGGCCGAGAUCUUCGGUGCCGAGCUCCCUCCUGAAAUCUGGCUCAACUUCCCUCCCAGGCUCAAAUUCGCCGUUUUUACUUGGUAUGGGGCCACAAUUGAAGUGGAUGGUACUACAGAACUUGAUUAUACCGCUGACGAGACGCCCAUGGUUGGUUAUGUAAAUGUUCAUGCCAUACUGGAAGGACGAAGAAACCGUGCAAAAGCAUCAUCAUCUAAUGACUCUGAUUCUUCUCAGGGACCUAGGGUGAUUGUUGUGGGACCUACAGAUUCUGGCAAGAGUACUCUGUCAAGGAUGCUUCUUAGUUGGGCAGCUAAACAGGGUUGGAAACCUACAUUUGUGGACUUGGACAUCGGCCAAGGAUCUAUAACAAUUCCUGGAUGCAUUGCAGCCACCCCAAUUGAAAUGCCCAUUGAUCCAGUGGAAGGAAUUCCUCUUGAUAUGCCCCUCGUGUACUUCUUUGGGCAUGCAACUCCUAGUAAUAAUGUAGAUUUGUAUAAAGUGCUCGUGAAGGAGCUUGCUAGAAUGCUGGAGAGACAGUUUGCUGGAAAUGCUGAAUCUCGAGCUGCAGGCAUGGUGAUCAAUACGAUGGGGUGGAUAGAAGGAGUAGGGUAUGAGUUGCUUCUACAUGCAAUUGAUACAUUCAAUGCCAAUGUUGUCUUGGUCUUGGGUCAGGAAAAACUUUGGAGCAUGCUCAGAGAUGUCCUGAAGAACAAGCCUAAUGUAGAUGUUGUGAAACUUCAAAAGUCAGGUGGUGUUGUAUCCAGGAAUAACAAAGUUCGUCAGAAGGCCAGGAGCUAUAGGAUAAGGGAAUAUUUUUAUGGCCUUGCGAAUGAUCUGUCCCCACAUUCUAAUAUUGCAAAUUUUAGUGAUUUGUUUGUCUAUCGAAUUGGGGGCGGACCGCAAGCCCCGCGCUCAGCAUUGCCAAUUGGGGCAGAGCCUGCUGCAGAUCCGACCAGAUUAGUUCCUGUCAGUAUCAACCGGGAUUUGCUCCAUGUUGUUCUCGCUAUCUCAUUUGCCAAAGAGCCUGAUGAAAUCAUUUCAAGUAAUGUUGCUGGCUUUAUUUAUAUCACGGACAUUGACAUUCAAAGGAAGAAAAUUACAUACCUUGCACCAGCUGCAGGAGAACUCCCGAGCAAAUAUUUGAUAGUAGGAACCUUGACAUGGCUCGAAACCUGACUGAUUUGCACAGGAAAAAAAAGAAAGAAACCUGACCGGUUUAUCAAUCUUAUUUUCGUGACUGGAAAGCCGACCUUUUGUUGUAAGUUACCCUGUGGCCAAGUGGGGUGAUUGUAUGCUACCUUUUCUUUACUGAUCAAUGAUAAGGGAAACAAGGGUCCAAAUACCUUUUAACUUA